AUGAAGUCGACCCGAGAAUGGCAGAGAGGCCCAGUCCAGAACCACGCUGAUCCCCGCAUGGCCUUCAUGAACGACACAACCGACGGGCGUGAACAUGAGCCCAUACACUUCCGAGACGCAGGAACUGCCUCUUCCCAAGACUCAUAUCACUACUGCAUACCCCCUCCCAGCUCGAGCCGUUUCCCGAUGGCACCGGUGAAUAUCUACGAGGCUCAGCGCUCCAGGUUGAUGGGUAGCUCACGUUCUGAUCCCCGUGAGCUUGAUGGGUUCUUGUGGAAUCAUGGGCCCCAACAGAGUGCUUUGGAUGACCCAAGAGCACGCCCCGACGCUCUCGGUGCGGACCUCAGCCUCCUGGGGCACUCGCCACGUUCUCAGGCCCCUCGCUACCCGCCCUCGACGCUCCAACCGACCCCCCUUUCCAGCCUUCCAUCAACCAGAUAUACCUCAGCCGGUCUGCCAUCCCCAACGGGAGCUGGGUCGCACUCCCACCCAGACUCCAGCUUUAACCGCCGGCGACCACACCAUGAUCCAGUGUUCGGUCACCCGGACGCCCCGCAAGAUGCCUGCCCGUAUCCGACUCCGCAAGCCACCAGCUCCGCGUACCGCACGCAGAACCACCACUCCAUGGGCUUUCCGAGUCCUGAAGCUCGCCCCGGCACCGAGCAGAGAGCCUUUGCUUCGUCAAAAACCGCAUCCCAGUUCGAUACCAACACAGACAGCAGCUCAACCUCGAGUCUCGGCUUCUCUAGUCCGGCGGGAAGAGCCGCCGAGAGGCUACACUCUCAUCCUGCCCGCAAAGCCCAGUCACGAGACACCGCGCCCAUUGCCCCUCCUCGACCACAAGCCACCAUGAUCCAUAUACCACGGCAGCUCAAUCUCGUGCACGCUCCUCCUAUGGCCAGCGGAAUCCACCUCGUCGACCCCAAGCAGUCGCUCCCUGAGAGAAUACAGUCCAUAUUUCCCUACACGCUCUUCAACGCGGUUCAGUCCAAGUGCUUUGACUCGGUCUACCAAUCCAACGACAACCUUGUUGUUUCGGCCCCAACAGGAAGUGGCAAGACGGCCAUACUAGAACUCGCCAUCUGCAGGCUGAUGUCCCAGCGUACCAACCAGAACUUCAAGGCCGUUUACAUGGCUCCCACCAAGGCCCUUUGCUCAGAGAGGUCCCGCGACUGGCAAGGAAAGCUUGCUCGUCUAGGCCUAAGCUGUGCCGAGCUCACGGGCGACACCUCGAUGGCCGAAACACAAAAGGUCGGGGCCGCGCAUAUCAUCGUCACCACGCCAGAGAAAUGGGAUUCUAUCACAAGAAAGUGGGCCGACCACCGCAAGCUAUUGGAACUGGUCGAGCUUUUCCUCAUCGAUGAGGUGCAUAUUCUCAAGGACGCGCGCGGCGCUACUCUGGAGGCAGUGGUCUGUCGCAUGAAGACCAUUGGUGCUAACGUCCGAUUCAUCGCCCUGAGCGCUACGGUUCCCAACUCCGAGGAUGUGGCGAGGUGGUUUGGGCGAGACCAUACCAACCCUCACCUCCCCGCUCGGAGGGAGACCUUUGGCGAAGAGCUACGCCCAGUGCGGCUAGAUAAGCACGUCUACGGCGAACAUUGCGGAGGGAACGAUUGGGUGUUUGACACCUAUCUCGACAAGAAGAUCAUCCCGGCCCUCUCCAAACACACAAGAAAGCAAGAUCCCAAACCCAUCAUGGUAUUCUGCUUCACCCGCAAAUCUUGCGAAACCACGGCGCAGAGGCUUUCGGAGGCCUGGUCUGUUGCCCCAGCUGGCACCAAACUCUGGCCCGCUCCGAAGAAGGAAAUCUCGGUCAAGAACAAGACACUGCGCGACAUUGUGCACACCGGCGUCGCCGUCCACCACGCAGGGCUUGAUUUUGGGGAUCGGACUACUGUCGAGAGGUCCUAUCUAAACGGAGACCUUCAUGUCAUUUGUUGCACAUCCACCCUGGCAGUUGGCGUAAAUCUUCCGUGUCACACCGUUGUGCUGAAGGGCACCAUGGGGUACUCGGACGGAAGGCUCUCAGAAUACUCGGAUCUGGAGGUGAUGCAGAUGCUGGGCCGUGCCGGGCGGCCUCAGUUCGACAACAGCGCCGUUGCCAUCAUCUUCACCCGACCAGAAAACAAGGCGAGAUACGCCGACAUGGUCUCCGGACAGCAAGUCCUCGAGAGUACCCUGCACCGAAACCUGAUCGAACAUCUCAACUCCGAGAUCAGCCUGGGAACCAUCAAGGAUUCCGAGUCAGCCAGGAUGUGGUUGAACGGCACAUUCCUCAGCAUCCGCCUCCAGCGCAACCCUACCUACUACCAGCUAGAUACCAGGCCAGGCCAGAUCAGCCAUGCUGAAGGCAGGCUCGAGGAGAUUUGCGACAAGGACAUCAGGCAACUACAGGAGAAGAAGAUCGUGACGUCGGACGCCAAGUUCAGCUGCACACCUUACGGGAUCGCUAUGUCCAAGUACAUGGUGCGGUUCGAGACAAUGAAGAAGGUCCUCCGAAUCCCAAGGGGUGCGGGAAUCCAAGAGCUGCUGGCCAGUCUGUCCGAAGCGGACGAGUUCAAGGACGUGCGACUCAAGGCCAACGAGAGAGCCUUCUACAGACUAACCAACGAGUCGCCCUUCAUUCGUUACCCAGUCAAAGGGCCGAUCUCUGAGACGUGGCAGAAGGUAUCUCUGCUGAUUCAAUCAGAUCUCGGCGGCGUCGAGUAUCCCACUCAGGAGGGUAUCCAAAUGGCCAAGAAUCAACACGCGACCGACAAGUGCCUGGUGCUGGACCGCAUCAAGCCUCUUGUCAAGUGCGUGAUCGACUGCAAGGGCGCCGACCAUGACGCUGUCGGGGUCCGAAAUGCCCUCGAGCUCUUCAGAUCCAUCAAGGCCGGAGGAUGGGAGGGCAUGCCCUCACAGCUUCUACAGGUUUCAGGUAUCGGGCCCGUCACGAUGAGAAAGUUGGUCCAGCACGAUAUCUUGACGAUGAAGGACUUGGCAGCCACGGCGCCAGAGAGGAUACAAAUGUUCUUAAGCAAGAACCCUCCGUUCGGCCGCAAUAUGCUGGCUCUCGUUGACAAAUUUCCGAAGCUGUCGCUUGCGACGGAAGUUGUCGCACUCCCGAACCAGCGCCAUUCGAGCAAGGACCCCCCUUCCAUCAAUGUCAAGGCCACAUUCAGGUAUAACUGCGGAGGCGAGCCCCCGACCAGAGCGAAUGCCAUUUAUCUCACAUUCACAGCCGAGACCACGAACGGCACGCUUGUCUAUUUCUGGAGAGGGUCCUCAAAAAGUCUGAGCGGUCCUGGCGGACGAACACUGGAGUUCUCUGCGCCCUUAUCCGAUGCCAGCGACCACGUCUUCUGCUCGCUCAACUGCGAGGACUAUGUGGGCCUGGGCUGCUCGGUGACGGUGAAUCACAAGCUUCCAGCUUCUACAUUCGCGCACAUGAAGAUGGCAACCACGACGCCACCUCCGCCUCGACCCAGAAAGUCAACACCCCCAAAGGCCAUUUCCCCUUUGGGCGAGUUUGAUGACAGCCUCGACGAUGGUGAUCUCCUCGAGGCGGCCGAGCAGCUAGACAUACUCGAGAGGGCCGCGUCGCGCCACCCACCGCGGGCACUGCUCGAAGACUCAGACGACGACGAGUUCCCAUCUAUCAAGAGGCUUGUUGACCGCGAGGUCGAAAGUCCUACCGAAGCUCUCUCCCACGCAGAGUCGCAGGCAGGGAUUCAGCUAGAGCCGGUCCAAUUGCCAAACGGUCGGUGGAGAUGCAACCAUCUAUGUGGCGGGGGAGGCGUCACCAAGACCGGGAAGCCAUGCAAGCAUCCGUGCUGCAAAGAGGGCCUUGAGAAGAGACCGAAGCAGCCCAAGCCAAAGUCGGCCGAGGAUGGUGUCCCUAAAAGAAAACAGGAUCAAGUUGAAAUUCCGACUGGGCGCGUACCUUCAUGGCCAGAGUUUUCGAGGGAAAGCCAGGAUGGGCCCUCAGCUGCCAAGCGACAGCGCAAGGGGGAAGAAAAUGCAUACACCUCGAGCAGCCGUCCCGCACGACCGCAGGUGCCACCAUACAGGCCUCCUCCGGUAGCCGACAUGUACCGGGCGGAUGUGAUCGAUUUAUCCCAGGAUUCUCCUCCCCUAAGCCUGUUCAGCGAUGAUUCGUUCGGCGACAGCGAUGUUGUCGUUGUGGGCUCAAGGGCACUGACACCAAGACAGGAUGAGAAUGGAAGUGCCAGUAUGACAGUCGACCUGGAUUUCACCGGCCAUGACAUGUUUGAGGCGGCGGAUUAUGUUCCAGUCCGGCACCCGAGCAAACCCCUGAGGAGCAAUGCGGCAACCAGGAGUCCACAGCCUGGUUCCAAAACUAGAGAAUCCAGCAUGACCAGGUCCCGAGGAAAUUCGGCCGGCCCAUCUGCCAACAUUUCCAUUGAUGCCAAAAAGGAGAAGAUCCUCCGCGAAGCAUCCGAGUUGCUUGAUCUCCCAUCAUCGCCUAGGCUAGUUCCCUGGGACUCCUCGGGUUUGAACGACGGUUUAGGGGAUUCCGACGGAGCGCCGGUUUCGCCCGGGGAGAGCUCGCCCUCGACGCUUGGCAGCACCACAUUGACACAUACCGACACAGAUAGGCCCCGUGACGCGAGUGAGGAGCCAGCCGGCAACAGCUGUGGACCUUCGGGUGCUGGAGAUUCUGCCACAGGAGCUGCAAGUGUGAAGGUCGAUACAGAGGAACCCGCUUGGGUCAGGGAUUUUGAGAGCGAGAAUCCUGCAAUUAUGGAUCUCAUACGCUGUGACAGUAUCACGUUUGUCUAA